GAUACUUCAUCUAUGGUGGCUUUCUGCACGGGGAAAUAUGCACAACCCCAGCGCACAUGAAAGCACAAGCUUACAGUCCCAGCCACCUCCUGAGGAGCAGAAUUACGGAGCUACUGCAGCACAUGGGAGACAAGGUCCAAUUGUGUCUGUGUCAAGGAAGGGUCCAGCAAAGAGAGAUUACCUGAUAGCUGCUGUGCUGUGCUACACAAAUUUAAUCAACUUCAUGGACUGGUUCCUUGUACCAGGGAUCCUGUUAGACAUACAGAAAUACUUCAAGCUCAGUGAUGGGGAUACAGGUCUGCUGCAAACAGUCUUCAUCCUGUGUUACAUGCUGGCUGCCCCCGUCUUUGGGUACCUUGGUGACCGGUACAAUAGGAAAAUCAUCCUUGGAGCUGGUAUUUUCUUCUGGUCUGGUGUCACAUUAAGCAGUUCAUUCAUCAGUGAAUUGUAUUACUGGAUAUUCUUUCUUUCACGAGGACUAGUUGGCAUUGGCACAGCCAGUUAUUCCACAAUAGCACCUACCAUCAUUGCAGACCUGUUUGAGGAAGGAAAAAGGACCACAAUGCUGUCUGUCUUCUACAUCUUCAUUCCAGUGGGAAGUGGUCUUGGCUAUGCCCUAGCAGCUGGCAUGGCAGGUCUCACUGGUGACUGGCACUGGGCUUUCAGGAUAACUCCUUGCAUGGGAGGUCUAGCACUGGUUCUUCUGAUUCUGCUGGUCCCUCACAGGACCCAGAGAAGGACAGCAGCACACAGAGCACUGAGCAUCUCUGGCACAAUAAAAGUAGCAGCUGAGAAGCCAGGAGUACACAGAACUGCCAAGACUACUUGGUGUCAGGAUGUCAUCUCACUUGCCAAGAACUGGAGUUUUGUCUGGUCCUCGCUGGGUCUGACUGCCAUGGCCUUUGUUACUGGAGCCCUGGGAAUGUGGGUACCGCUGUUUCUUUACAGGGCUCAGCUUAUCCAGGGCACUGUGUCACCGUGCCUCCGAGAAAUAUGCAAUUCAUCUAACAGCCUGAUAUUUGGAGGCAUCACCAUUGGGACAGGAAUAUUGGGUGUCAUUGCUGGGGCAGAAGCAGCAAGAAGACUAAGGAAGAUAAACAAUAAAGCUGACCCUCUGAUUUGUGCCACAAGCAUGUUCAUUUCUGCUCUGUGCCUCUACGUAGCUCUGAUGGUGGCCCAGACGAGCAUCCUUGCCACUUUUAUCUUUAUUGCAUUUGGAGAGCUGUUUUUAUCUGUAAACUGGGCUGUUGUGACAGACAUACUGUUGUAUGUUGUGACACCAAGACGGCAGUCUACAGCUAUUGCCCUGCAGAUUUUGGUGAGCCAUUUGCUGGGAGAUGCAGGCAGCCCAUACCUCAUUGGCAUUAUCUCCAAUGCAAUCCAGGCCAAGAAUGCUCACUCAUUCCAGUGGAGUUUCUGGAGCAUGCAGUACAGCUUCAUUGUCUGUGCUUUUGUGGGUGUCUUUGGAGGAGGCUUUUUCCUCCUAACAUCUUUAUACAUUGAAGAAGACCGUAAAGAAGCGGAGCAGCUUUGAGGUUUCUAUACCUUUAUAACUUUUAAACAUGUAUCUGAUUGCUUUCCCAUUUGUACCCUAGUCACGGUAAUCAGCUCUGUCAAGUUAAAGCUCAAAUGCCUGUGUUAUGUUAAUGCCACAUUAGUUUCUAUAAAAAAAUAAAGGCAAAAUCUCAGUGAAGUCUCAGAUUAAACAAACCUCCCAUAUUGAAAAAAACCAGACUGCAGAACACAGAAGGACCAGGGAAGUGCUCUGAGUGACACCUUCAAAAGGCUGCAGUGUGCGGAGGCAAUAAAAUCGCUUUACUGGAACACAGCAUUACAGACUUCAUGGAACGUGUGGUUCUACUUCUACUGUGGUCUUCCCAAGCCAAGUAGAACCAGUCCCAGCUCUCUGAAUACUUCUCCCUCUUCCCUGAAAGAAGCCAUAUUCAAAGUAUAAAAGACUUAACGAAAACCUGUUGAAUUGGACAGAACACUGUCCUCAAUCACCUGGAUUCUUACAACUUCCUUCUGCUCUAGGUACCAGGAAUGGACACUGUCUAUCAAAUGAAGAUGAACUCUGGGACAAGAUUUGUAAAGAAGAAAAGAAUGUCCUCCCCUUUCUCUUUCUCUUUUGCUUAAUGAGAUACAGCUAGAGGAAAAAUCCAAAUAAUAAUUCCUCCAUAUGGCAGAAAA